GCUCAUUACUAUGAGAAUCAAAACCCAGCCGCGUACGCAAAUAAUCCAUGAUUCUUGGCAUGCUUCGAAGGACAGGGACCGAUACAAAUAAAGAGCUGACGAAAAGUCAGAUUCUUGGGCUUUAGGAUGCCUCCAAGUCUCUUGGCUUCUUAUAUAUCGCCAAUCGAGUUCUCGCUUGGCAACUUGGCGACUCGGUUGUUCAGCCCUACGAAUUAUCCUCCAACCUUUGCCAAGUAUCGCGACUUAAAGUCCGAUAACUCUUAUAAUCAUGGAAGCUUCUGAGCCUCUUGAAGUGCCGACACAAUGUGAGAAGGUCGGCGAGGCCAUGCCCGACAUCGCGGGUUAUGGAAUUUUACUAGGCCUCAGCGUCCAAGCCUUAAUCUCCCUAGCAUUGUCUUUCUGGGUGUUCUUCCUAACGAAACUCGGCCGGCUUGAUACGCAACACCCCGAGGGCACACCAGAACAUGAGAGUGAGAAGAAACGACUCGGAUUUGUGUCUGAGAUUCUUAUGGUCGGCAACGAUUUGCAGAUGAUUACGGGAGCCGCCCUCAUUAUUACGGCAAUCUCAAGUGCCAAUCAUAUCGAUCUCUACCAUCUCCACUUAGUUUUUGAUACCGUCAGCUUCGUUGGUAUUUCCAAUGCUGCAGCUCUCAUUUGCUGGACCUUCAUGGGUGCUAAGACGCCAAAGAAGAAGCAUCACCAGAUCGUACCUUCUCACUGGACCGGUCGAUUCCGUGUCUCUUAUAUGUUCGCAGUCUUAUUUCUGGUAAUGACCGUCUUUCUCGAGAUCCGCCUUAACGGGUGGUCCCUUACUUCCGAGGAGCUCGGUCAUUGUUAUAUAACGACAGGCAUCACAAGUGCGAAUGCAACUCACCCAGGUACCGACAAGGCAUAUGUGGCGAUCAUGGCGAUAUGGCUUCUUCUAGUUAUGCUCGGUGCACUAUUUUGCCCAGCAAGAUUUGCGAAGCCGUUGUUGAUUCUCAGCUUUCUCCAAUUUCCAGUACAUCUAUACAUGAUGAUCAAAUUACGAACCGAAAACCAGGGGGCCCUAGAAAACCACGAGAACGAGAACGAUUGGGACUUUGGGCAGACAACUGCCGUCAUACUACUCGCUGUCGCUAUCACUCAACUCAUCCAUCAGGCUGUGCGGUAUCUCAAAUUUGAAAGAGCUUUGAAUAAGCACGGGGCUGAGUACGCGUUAGCUUACGACGCCAAGGAGCAUGAGGAAUAUGGUGAAACUAUAACGCCCUCGAUUAUGGAACAGGGUCUCAGAGGCCUCCGCGAUGUACACCAGAACCUGAGCAAACGGAACUUAAGCGAAACUCGUCUUGAUAGAAGUGGUACUGCUGAACAACAAGAAGAAAGUUAUGAGUUGAUGAGGAAUCCUGAAGCCAGACCGCGAACUAGCCUAUAACGGAACGAUAUCGUCGAGAUCGUGACCUAGUCAAAAGGAUGUCAGAGAGAUGCCCCCCACGUUGUCAAUGGAGUACGGUGCGUGAAUUCAAGCGCUAGUGAAGUCGAGCGAAGAUUCGGAGUUAGCUGUGAUAGAUAAAAGUAAAUAUGAGAGGUUUCAAUAUUAUUUAGUCGAGAGUCUGAUACGGAAGAUGUCGGUAUAUUUCGGAUACAGAUAGAAGGUACCUCUACGGGUUGACAGUCGUUGGCGGAACUAUACUAAAAUCUUCAUUUCUUGCUAGUUAUCUCUUCAAUAAUACCAUAUAAAUAUUCCGACGUACAUAAGGAUCUGAGUCAUAAAGUCAUAUUAUUCUUCAUUAUUGAGAGGGAUCAUUUGAUUCAUCAACACGCGGAUGGAUAUUAGGACAAUAGUUGAGUCGGUUGACGUCAUAAUUCAAGAAUGAGUAACAAGGGGCUUAUGACCAAAGCGAGGAAGGGCAUGGGAAUUUGCGUAUGGGAAUUUCAAAACAGGCAUAACCAGUACCUGCCAUGUAUUUUGCCAUGUGAUAGGGGAAAGAUCUAACUUUGGUCUUAGGGCUGAGAGUGGGUGGG